UCUGCUCACAGAGUGUCUGAAUACCUGAUGGGAGACAUCGAUCUCUCAUCGAUGCCGACAUACAAAUCGACGGAUAACCUGAUGGCAGAGCCGUCGUCGCCGUCGGAGUCUCUGUCGCCCAACGAUAUCGACGACCGGUUCCUGGCGUUGCCGGAGGGCAUCGAUCUGGCCCUCCAUCGGGCGAAGGUCUGGUCCAAGUAUACGAAGGAUGUGAUCGCCUAUAUUGAAAAGAGGGCUCAGAUGGACGCCGAGCACUCCCGCACUCUCAUCAAACACGCCAUACAAAUGAAGGCUAUCCUCAAAGAAGAGUCUUUCUUACCGUUUCAAUCGAUAUACAGUACGGCUGUAGAGCAGGACAUAGAGAACGGUAACUCAUGUUUGGCCACAUGUAGUCUACUGUUGGGCCACAAGUUUGUGGAGCCGAUGACCGCCCGUCGGGCCGAUCACGAGAAGACCCGCAAACAGAUCAAAGAGAUGUGGACUCGAGAGCUGAAGCGAAUGCACGAAGCGGUCAAUAAUCUGCGCAAAUCGCGGGCACUGUAUGUCACGCGACAGCAGGAGCUCGAGAAGGCCCGCACCGGACUCAGGACAAGUGAAUCGGGCGCCGACUGGUCGGUGGAGAAGAUCGAUAAAAAACGUCGGGCCGAAGAGGAGGCCGGGGUUCGGGCCCGAGAGGCGGAACUGCACUACAAGAGUUGCGUACAGGAGGCCAACUACAGGGCCGCACAGCUCCAGACCGUGAAGAAAGACCUGUUGGUUAGGAUACGGGAACUGUUGUCCGCGUGCGAGACCACCAUCAAGACGGCCACCUGUUCCUACUUCCAGUUGUGUCACGUGGUGUCCGCUCCCCUACCCGUGCAGUUGCAGUCGCUGUCGGAGUCUGUCCGCAACUACGACCCCGGAUCGGCUUAUAUGGAGUUUGUUAAACGACUGCCCGAACCGCAGGCCAACCAAACGAAGUUCACUUUCCAGCCCCACAUCACCACUGAUCACGACUCCAGCGAAAGCGACUCCAACUCCUCCUCACCGGCGGCCAGUCCUCCCACCAGAGGUCCCACCAGUGGUCUCAUGUCAUCCGGCGAUGAGUUGGAAACCGAUCACGACUUUAAUAGUAAGCAAUCGUUUAGU